AAGAAGCAAGGGCAGGGCAGGAGGGCAGGGGUAUAAUCAUAAUGAAAAUGCCAAAAUCCUCGGCUGCUAUCAUCCUUCUUUCUGCCCUCUGUUUCCUCUCCUUCAUCGACGUCACCCUCUCCGACAAAGAUCGUUUCUUCGUCGACGGGCGUGUUUACUGUGACACCUGCCGCAUCCAGAUCGUCACCCGCAUCAGCACAUUCUUGGAAGGAGCAAAGGUGAGGUUGGAAUGCCGGGAGGAGGAAGGAGGAAACGUGACCCUGAGUAGGGAGGCGGAGACCGACAACAACGGAAAAUACCGCAUUGAAGUGGAGGGAGACCGUGAGGAGGAGAUUUGCGAAGUGUCGCUGGUGAAGAGUAGCGAGGAGGAAUGCAGUGAGAUUCCUAGUGAUGGAUUUGCUCAUCGGGCCAGAGUCAGCAUCACUGCCAACAAUGGUAUCACAAGCCCUGUUCGUCAAGCCAACCCACUGGGCUUUAUGAGGAAGGAGUCUGAUCCCGGGUGCAAGGAGGUUGUUCGCCAGCUUGGAUACGAUGAGGCUGGCCUUCUUGUUUGAGGCCCCCACUCUCUGUAUUCCUUAUUCCAUUAAAUAAUAUUAUUAACCCCGCCCUGCCCUGCCCUGCCCUGCCCUGCUUCUCCUUAUCUAAAGUAUGCACUCUACCCUCUUUAAUAAACUCUAUUUAUUUUAAUCCAA